AUUUGGAUUCACACCAUUCUUCACUCCUUGCCGUCGAACGUCAAACCUCCUUGUCCUCAGCAUUACAUACCAAGACUACAGCAGGGUACAGCAAACCUUUGUCUGCCAUCAUCUCCAGGAGCAUUCGCUUCCCACAACGCCUCUGUCUCGCUCAUCUGGCCUCCCACCAUUGUCUGGCUGCAACCCCUGGCGCCUGGACUAUAUUUAGAUCUCCAGGGUCUGGUCUGGACAUCUCGGACGAGGUAGUCGUCAGGUCGAUGAUCCCAACAUCCAAAAGGGAGAGACAAGACUAGCAUCCAUACGUCUUUGCUACCCUUUCGCGCCCAAAGCGAGGCGUGACGCAAGUCAUUGCUGAGCGGCGGCCAGGUUGUUCCUUCAGCUACUGGGCUCGACAUGGUCACACGGCCUUCCUGGAGGGACCUCUCCAGCGCUGCCGUGGUCAACCUGGUUAGGCAGCCCUGGACCAUACAAUUCCUUCGCACCAUUGCUUGCUUGAUUGUAUGGACCGUAGAGCUCGGUCUCUUCUAUCCUAGCAGCUCCAGGUGUCGCAGCGUCUUAGGGCCAGAGGCAUCUAGCGCUCCUAUACAGAUACUGAUCAUGGCAGAUCCUCAGAUCAUCACCACCAUACCACAUCCCUCUUACCCCGGCAUAUUGAGCUUCAUCUUCUAUCCUCUCAUCUCCCUAUUCGCCGACAGGUAUCUCAACCGAGCCUGGAGAGCUCUGCGGGCGCCAAAAGGGGGCGUCGAGGAUUGGACCGCAACGGUCUGGCUGGGAGAUCUUACUGAUACUGGAAGACAGUACUAUCUGGACCAAGGCCUGGGUAACUUGUACGACCGCUUUGCUCGUAUAUUUCCCGAAGACCGGAUAGGUGGCUGGAAUCGAAGCUACUAUAUACCGGGGAAUCAUGACGCAGCUAUAAGACCUCAUGAUGCCUGGCGGGACCGCUGGUAUCGCGACGGGAUGACCCGUGACUACACAAGAUGGAAGUUUCUGAAACGCUUUGGUACGAAUGUAUGGGAUGCAGGGUACGACGCCGACCCGAUAUACCCCCCAGCUUCGGCCCCAGAACUACAGAAAAAGAAGAAGCCAGUGAAGAUCUCACGCUACAAUACCAAGUGGGACCGCAAGUCACGGGAAUCCACCAGCGCUAGGGUUCCCAUUGUGGUUGCUCAGCCCGGUGAUUUACCACCCAAGAAGGUCGCUGAGCUGAUCCUCCUGGAUGCGACUGACCUUGUCAGCCUACAACGAUGGCACAUAGACCCAAACAAGGGUCCAGCACACGGUAGACCGAACGAGGAAUCGAAUUGGCUGAUCGGCGCGAGCUGGUUCUUCGUCGAAGCGAUGUCAAAAGAUCGUGAUCCUUCGGUACCUCGGAUAUUGUUCACACAUAUCCCACUCUGGCGCGAGGAGUCAAAUACCCGAGAUGCCUGCAAUCUUCCAGACGUAGCGACCUUUCCUCCAGGCGUGAUGCCGUCCAUCAAUCCGCAGCUGUCGAGGCAGUCUAGCUCCUCCAUCAAGAUGGGUACCGAUGCAGAAGGUACCUAUGAGAACAUGAUCGGCAAAGAGUGGUCGCGCUUCAUUCUCGAGAAGCUCCAACCAAGCGUCGUCUUCAGCGGUGAUGAUCAUGAUCACUGUCACCACCUCCAUCAGCGCGCAGGCAGUGGGGCCGGAGGGGCCUCGUGGGACGUACCAGAGCUGACCGUCAAUGCUAUGUCACUCACCUCUGGCGUGAACACGCCCGGAUACGCAAGGUUGAGCAUUUGGCCAGAGCCUCCUGCACCGGCUCCGGGUAGCGUUGGUGUAUCUACAACUAAGAGCAGUACAGGUCAGACCAAGGUCUCCUACGCGGCCUGCACCCUCCCCCGCCAAGUGGAGAAUUGGGCAACCAUCUAUCCCCUCCUCGUUGUCCUCGUUGCUAUCUACCUCCCUCUGCACCGGCACUGGUUCCAGCGCGGCCAGAUGGGCGCAAAGUCCCACGGCGGCAGAGGUCUGAGCGAAGCAGGGAGCAGCACGAUCUGGGAUGCUGGGGAGCACCUUCCCAUGCAACAGACCCAAACACAGACGCAGACGCAGCGACGUAGUCAGCAGUACUCUCCACGCAGACGUUCUUCGAAUGAUUCUCAACUACUGGAAGAGGUUGAGGCGAUGCGUGUCGAUGCAAAAAGUCAAGAAGAAGCAACGGCUUUCCUUGCGCCCUCUGGCUCUAGCUCUGCAUCUGGCGCGAGAGGCAGAAGAGGUUCCUCCCCUUCCUCCCCGGGCUGGAGGACAGGCUCAGGCUCAGGCAACAGCGGCGCUGGCGGAGUAAGCAAAAGUCGUCUGCCACCCGGAGUGGCACAAUGGUGGAGAGACUUCAGAGAUGUGGCCUGGGUGCCUGUACUCUAUUGGUUACUCUUGAUGCUCUUUGGCUUCUGAGAACAAAAGGGUCAAGGGUUGAGGGCUGGUGGGUUCAAGGAGGCGAUUGCAGGAUUGGGCUAACUGCGCGGAGCGUUUGGCAGAGGAGGCGAAAACAUAGUACAAUACAGGAGCAUUGAAAGGAGACAGGGAGAAGGAGAAGGCUUGAAAAUGCCUUGGCGGAGCGAACCGUUGAUGACCUUGUCUUGUGAUGCUCUUGCAGUCACAACCCUCUACUUUUAUAAAUAUCUUCUUCUUCGUCUCAUCGCGCUCGAUCGAUCCAAUCAGCACGGAGGGCAGCGUGCCGAGACUGGCAAAUGGUAACGCUUUGAUCUCAUUGAAAUUGUGCCUUGUCCGGCCUAUCGUCUACGUACUCCCA